GAAACUGCGGGAAAAGGUGUUAUAUUAAUAAAUAAUAACAAUUUGUCAGCUGAUAAGGAACCUCUAGCAAAGCAAGGAUUAGUUAAUAAAGCAAUAAAAAAUAAUGAAAUUCGUGUACCGAAGAUUGAAUCAUCAGUAAAAGGUGUAACUGAAUGUAAUGAUACUAGUAAUGGACCUGUUAAUGAUUCUGUGGAUGAUCAGCAGUGGUAUGAACCAUUGAGACCAACAGUGAGUGGUUCGUCUUCAAGCUCUGAUGAAGGAUAUGAAGCUAUCUCUGUUCCAAGGUGAGUAAAUAAGUUUAUUUGUGGAAAACAUGAAAUGAUGGUUAUGUGAAGAACUAUCUUCACUGCCGGCAUGCCUGCAAAGUUGAAAAAUACACAAGAAUUAUUUAAUGCAGGCAUGCCAACAAUAAUGAUAAUAAUUUAAUUUUUCCAUUAUUUACCCUUGGCAGUAUUUAUAGCACUAUAUGCUAGUAGGACCAAGCAAAAGCCUGAAACAAACAAUUCAAAUUGAACUUAAGAGGGUUAGGAAUCCCAACUGGCCAGAGGCAAACCAGUUGGCUAUUUACAAGCAUGGCCAAGGACUCGAACUUGGGACUAUUGGAAAAAAUCCAGCUAGCGGUCAGUUAGUGAUGCAUGACACUUUCAGUUUUACCAUUCACAAUUUUUUUAUUUUUUAAAGUAGGUUUUACAUGUAUGUACAUAUGUUACAGGUCAAAUUUGAUUUCAGGUUGAAAUUUUUUUAACCUAGGUUGAUUCUCAAUUUCCUCUGUCUUCCAGGGCCAUGAGACAUUGGAAAUUGAGAGUCAACCUAGGUUAAAUCAAAAUUAAUCUGAAAUCGAAUUUGACCUGUAACAUAUAUAUAUAUUGUCUUGAAUGUUUGCACCAUCUUAUGUGUACUAGUAGGCAGUAACCCUUCAGUUAGGCAAAAUUGUUUGAUUUCCAUUCUGAAAACCAAAGUACAACUGUUCUAAUGGUGAAGAUAUAGUGUUUGCAGUAAUAAUAAUACCAGUUAUAAGUAGUACAUGUGUGUGCAAUCAGAUGGUGACAAGUGAAUUUAGGGAAUAUGCAUGCAAUUUCAUGGGUUGUUUUGUCCAAAUUCUAAUAAUUUUUAAUAAUUUGCACCAAAAUAAAGGAGUAAUUUGUCACCUAUGAUAUUAUUAUUGUAACAUUAUUCCAAUGUUUUAAUUUUUCAGAGCCAGCAAAAUUACCCCACCAUCUCCGCGUAAAACAAGUGGAGUUGCUGGAAAUUCU